AGUGUUGUGGUCGCAGCUAGAAGCUGCAGUGUGUCUCAGUCGACUCCAAACUUUGCUUAUAAAGGUUCCCGUGCGCUGACUUGGCUAGUGUUGUGUCCUAGGUACUAAUAGUGAUUGUUAGCGAGCAGGUGUCUGGUCUAGGUGUCACUCCAGCGUAGUUAGAAGCUCCGGAGGUGCCUAUUUACUGAUCGCGUCAAGUAAAGAUGGGAGACCACAGCGGCGCCCGAGUGGUACUGGUAGUUGCAAACUUCCUCGUGUUCGCUGCUACCGUCGCUUUAAACCAGCUGUCAGCGUUUCCCCAGUACGCCGGAGGACUUUUCCUCAAGUUCAGUGACUAUACGACCAAGUAUGGACUGGGAGCGGCACAUCAAGGUAUCUACAACGCAACAGUGGGCAAUCUGUCUGCUAGGUAUGAGAUAGCUGUGACUCCAGCCGGCUUCACCUUCAUGAUAUGGACCGUCAUAUAUAUCUGGCUCCUGCUGGCUCAGUUGUACGCCUUGAUCUUGCUGUGCCGGAAGAACGCUGUGGGUCCAGUUUAUGUGACCCCGUCAGUUCUGACCUCCUCAUUCCUGCUCACCUACACCUUCAACCUGCUGGCCAACAUCGCCUGGCUCUUCGUCUGGGACAACGAGCUCCUCGUCUUCUCCUCAGCCCUCCUCUGGUUCGUCUGCCUCACUAACUGGAUGGCUUUCGGCAUGAUACACUACAGUGUGUAUCGUCAUGGUCCUUGGAUGUGUCGUCAUGCUAAAGUAGACCUGUGGAUGUACCGUGUUCUCUGGCACAACGGUAUGGGUCUGUACACUACCUGGAGCACCGUAGAUUCUCUCCUCAACCUGGGCGUCGCUCUCAGGUCAGUCACCUUGUUAGGUUACUGUGAUCUCGCUGCAUAUUACUGUUUCAGUCUUAUCUGCUCGUAGAAGCUAAGACGUUGUGUAGUUUUA